AUGACCCAAUUACCAUCAGAAAAAGGGAUUUAUGUGCCCGUCACUGCCGUUCUUGUUAGUCCUAAUACCAUCGUCCAAGUAAAAACCGCCAAAAAAAAUCACCACACGACGAUUUUCGUCCAACUGGCUUUCGAAGCAUGCCAAGCCCAAAAUUUAAAUAAGCCCCAAUUAGGACAUUUGCAAAAAAAUAAUGUUUCUCCACAUCGCUAUUUACGUGAAACAAGGAUAGAAGUCCCAGAAGAGUCAGCAGUUCAAGCAAUAAUGUCACGGUUGGUAGUGGGUUCUCAGUUAGAUAUUUCUUUAUUUGUAGAAAAGGAGAAAAUUAAAACCACUGGUUUUUCUCGAGGUAAGGGAACUGCCGGAGUAAGAAAAAGGUAUAAUAAAAAGCGUGGUCCGAGGUCUCAUGGUUCAGGAUUUCAUAAUGCCAUUGGUUCUACGGGUUCAGGACGAGAUAUGAACCGAGUAUUGAAAGGCAAAAGAAUGCCAGGUCGUAUGGGAAACGAAAAAACUAGUAUUAAGAAUAUGACAGUGGAAAAAAUUGACCCCGAAAGAAAAAUUAUCUUUUUACGUGGUGGUGUUCCCGGACCCCGCAAAGAAUUAUAUGGUAGUUUGUCUCUAACCGGAUUUACUGCACUAAGAAAUUUAGUUUUGGAUAGUAAUAAUUUAACCAGUAUUGAUAUUAGUGGUUGUCCGAAUUUAAUUGAACUUACACUUCAUAACAAUAAUUUAACUAGUUUGGACUUCAGCCAUAAUUCUCGACUCGAAGAAAUCUACAUUACAAGGAAUAAUAUCACGGCCGAUUUGCGGAUUUUUUCUCAUCUUGUUAAGCUAAGAGUGUUAAACAUAGCGGGAGAAGGAUGUUAUCACAGAAGCGGGGAUGGCCGCCACAACACCUUCUCAGGCUCCUUGGCUAGUUUGCGAAAUUGUCAAUUUUUAGAAGAAUUAUUCAUUGUCAACCAAACACUUAUUCAGGAGGGGUUAGAAGAAUUACCCACUAACUUGAAAAGCAAAGUGGGCUAUCCAGAAAGCAGAGGAAAUAAUGGUUUGAGAAUGCAAAUUGAUAUAAUAACUGGAAAAUUAAAACAGAACGAAAUAGUAGUGGAGGAAGAAUUAGAAAAGCUAAAAGGCAUUCUCGAAGUUAUGCGGGAAGAAAGGGAAAACCAUUUUAACGAAAUUGACCCGAUUUUAGCCCGAAUUAAAAAAAUUGUAGACGAAUGA